GAUUGGGCACAACUGUGUUAAGCAAGGUAGAAGAUACAUCUGGCAGAGUAUGAAGACACAGUGUUGUGCGUGUAUCAGAUACUUGCUCUUGGCGGAAACUUCCCAAGCGAAAUCGAAACUCGAUCUCUCUCUUUUCUCGACCUUGUUAGUCUGGCGCUCGCAUAUCUGCAUUACUUCUCUUACAGCCCUCCGCUUCUUCGAUUGA